AUGGAGAACCUCUCAGAAACAGCUUGGUACUAUAUCGAUAUUCGGCCAAGCUGGCCUGCAUUUACCAGUUUGGUGGUUACAUUGCAGCAAGCAGGCAAGCCACCCCUGGGAUUCGCUGCCGAGGGCGUCGGCGGCUCGUCGCGUGUCAACGCAGUGCUGCCAGGAUUUUACAGUCCUGGCGGGCCUCGAAUCGACCGUUUGAGGGCAUGA